AAACAAUCCAGUCCAGAUUGAAGAGAUCUUUAAUUUGCUGAUUUAUUUUAUUUUGUCAGGCUGGCCUCUGGCUGUUGAGAUCCUGGGCGGGGGGCAGCAAAUCACCCUUAAAAUCUGCCCAAAAUGGCUCUUGGUUAUUUUCCAGCGGUGACCAUUUUACUCUUACUGGAAACUGCCAAGAUUACUGGCACAGCCACAACCAAGGUCACAACUUCUCCUCCGACAACAUCAGAGCCACGUCCUUUUGCAUCCGUGGCUGACACCACUAGUGGCACGGAAACUACCACACCAGCAGCGGAGACCAAUAGGUGCCUCCCCUCUUCCAUUGCUUUCCUCUCUAAAACGACCCGUCCAUGGAGCACCGUUGGAGAAAGUCCAACUACCAACUCCCUUGGAGUAGCUACAACACUGCCCUCCUCUUCCUCACCUGAAGCGUCCAUUCCCGCUGGCACCUCAGAUGUCUCUGUGGCUUCUUCCUCCCUUGCAGUGACCUCCAUCUCUAGCACUGGUUUUGGGGGUCCUUCAGAAGAAGGCACCACUCACCCAGCAGAGUCAACCAUGCUUUUCACCAGGUUCCACCACAGAGGAGAUGAGCUCCAGCUCUCGUUCUCCAACGUCCCAAGACAAGAGGAGACAUCUGAAGGCCUAUUGACCUCCACCACAGAGGAGGUGAACUCCAGCUCUCGUUCUCCAACGUCCCAAGACAAGAGGACAUCUGAAGGCCUAUUGACCUCCACCACAGAGGAGGUGAACUCCAGCCCUCGUUCUCCAACUUCCCAAGAUAAGAGGACAUCUGAAGGUCCAUCGACCGUCAUCUUCACCACAACACAGGAAGAAUCUACAAGCGAGAAACAUCUUAGUUUUCCUCCUUUUACGACUGAGACAAUGAAAACUUCCUCCAUGUUGGUUCCCCUUCCUACUCCAACGGUAGCAACCUCCACAGUUCUGAGUGCCACUCCUGGAGUGGAAGCCACCACUGGCUCUUCCGAAGUUACCACGAGUUCUGAGGCUGAGAUCACCAGCUGGUGGCCGGGAAGCUCUCACUCCUCAACUUCAACCUCCACCGCAGAGGAGGUGAACUCCAGCCCUCGUUCUCCAACUCCCCAGGACAAGAGGACAUCUGAAGGCCCACUGACCACUAUCUCCACCACUUCACAAGCAGAAACCAUGAGUGAGAAGCAUCCUAGUUCUCCGCCUCUCACAACUGAGACAAUUACAAUCUUCCAGAGGUUUCUUCUUACUUCAACAAUAGUGACCUCCACGCCUACAAGUGCCAAUUCUGGAGUUGGAGACACAACCAGCUCUUCAGAAGUUACCACAGGUUCUAAGGCUGAGAUCACCAGCUGGAGGCCGGGAACCUCUCCCUCCUCAACUUCCUCUUCAGUUACUCAAGACAAAAGCACCCCAAAUGUUACGUCCACUGGUCUUCUGUCUUCUAACUCAGGAAGGACCAGCCUGGGACGAUCUGCUCCGUCGUCCACAAAUCCCACAAGUGAAAGUCCUGUAACCACCUUCAAUGUUCUUUCUUCCCCACCACAUCUCCCUCAGCUUCAACGGAUCUCCCUAAAACUCCAGGAGAAGCCACAACCGAGAUCAGAACUUUGCCUCCAACAUGUGUGCCCACAUCAGAGCCACGUCCUUCCACUUCUGUGGCUGAUACCACUGGUGUCAUGGAAACUAUUCCACCAGCAGAAGAGACCACGGGGUCUCUCCCUUCUUCUGUGGCUCUCGUCUCCAACGUGACCAGUCUGUGGAGCACCCUUGGAGAAACAAGUCCUCUUGGAGUAGCUACAACACUGCCCUCCUCUUCCUCACCUGAUGCUUCCAUUCCUGCUGGCACCCAGGAUAUCUCUCCAGCUUCUUCAUUCCUUGAAAUGACUUCCAUUUCUAGCACUGGUUUUGGGGGUCCUUCAGAAGAAGGGACCACUUACCCAGCAGAGUCAACCAUGCUUUUCAUCAGCUCCACCGUAGAGGAGAUGAACUCUAGCCCUCGUUCUCCAACUCCUCAAGACAAGAGGACAUCUGAAGGCCUAUUGACCUCCACCGCAAAAGAGAUGAGCUCCAGCCCUCGUUCUCCAACUUCCCAAGACAAGAGGACAUCUGAAGGCCUAUCGACCUCCACCGCAAAAGUUAUGAGCUCCAGCCCUCGUUCUCCAACUCCCCAAGACAAGACGACAUCUGAAGGCCUAUCGACCUCCACCGCAAAAGUUAUGAGCUCCAGCCCUCGUUCUCCAACUUCCCAAGACAAGAGGACAUCUGAAGGCCUAUCAACCUCCACCGCAAAGGAAAUGAGCUCCAGCCCUCGUUCUCCAACUCCCCAAGACAAGACGACAUCUGAAGGCCUAUCGACCUCCACCGCAAAAGUUAUGAGCUCCAGCCCUCGUCCUCCAACUUCCCAAGACAAGAGGACAUCUGAAGGCCUAUCAACCUCCACCGCAAAGGAAUGAGCUCCAGCCCUCGUUCUCCAACUCCCCAAGACAAGAGGACAUCUGAAGGCCUAUCAACCUCCACCGCAAAGGAGAUGAGCUCCAGCCCUCGUUCUCCAACUCCCCAAGACAAGAGGACAUCUGAAGGCCUAUCAACCUCCACCGCAAAGGAGAUGAGCUCCAGCCCUCGUUCUCCAACAUGGUUUCUUCUUACUUCAACACAAGUGACCUCCAUGCCUACGAGUAUGAUUUCUGGAGUUGGAGACACAACCAGCUCUUCAGGAGUUACCACAGGUUCUGAGGUUGAGAUCACCAGCUGGAGGCCGGGAACCUCUCCCUCCUCAACUUCCUCUUCAAUUACUCAAGACAAAAGCACCCCAAACGUUACGUCCACCGGUCUUCUGUCUUCUAACUCAGGAAGGACCAGCCUGGGACGAUCUGCUCAGUCGUCCACAAAUCCCAAAAGUCAAUACCCGGCAACCCCCUUCAAAGUUCUUUCUUCCACCACCACAUCUCCCUCAGCUUCAACGCAUCUCCCUAAAACUCCAGCCGGGACUCGCUUCAUCCUGUCGGUGAGAUUCAGCACUCAGUUAAACAUCACGGAUCCUUCCGUCACUCAUGCGGUGCGAAAGUGGCUCGAUCAGGAACUGCGGACAAAAUUUCCUGUUGGCAGCUUCAACCUGACCUUGAUUGGCUAGCAAAGAAGUUGGAAAAGAAAAAUGGUCAGAAAGCUACCAGUUGGUGCCUCUUCUGGAUCAAUGCACCGUAAUAAUGUACAUGUCAGGUUUCGAGGUCGUCUCAAAUAAAUUGCAUUUCAAACAAA